CUGAUUCAAAUAAUUCAUUUCUGGACGAAAACAAAUACAUAUUUGCGAUUGUGAAUAAAAUUGCGAUAUCAUUACUUUAUUCGAUUGCGAUUAAAUUGAGGCAUCCCGAUUGAUAAUUGGUAAAUUUAAGUAUUAACCCGAGAUUGGAAAUUGUUGAAGAUAUUUAUCAAAAUGGAACUGCUAGAUAUUAUGAAAAAUUUAACUAUAAAACACACACCAAAUGAAGGUGAUCAACAGUUGUUCAAAUCUAUAGCAGCAGAUAUUGAUAAUGUUCACACAGAAAUAGUCUUUGCAGAGUAUUCUGAUAAAAUAAUGCUUCUUGUAUCACAAUACCAGAAGAUUGGAAGUAUGCUCAUGGUACAAAAAGAUCAAGUUCACAGUCCUCUAGGUAGUAAUGACAUUUAUACUACAAAAGUUAUUUUUGGUGCUUCAGGAGAAGAGCAGCAAGUUGCAGCGAGAUACUUGGCAGAAGCAAUUAACAUUACAAAACCACUUUAUAUUUUUAUAAAUCUUAAAUCAUAUGAUAUUGAAACAGUCAAGGCUUGCAAAGAUAUAAUUAUAGAUAUAAGAAGUAAAACAGAGUCUUAACAUGGACACAUUCAGUGCAAAAAGAUUUAAGUCUGUACAAAAAUAUUAUGGUCAACUGGUUUUGGGACCUCCAGGGGCAGGAAAAACAACAUACUGUUGGAAAAUGUCAGAAUUGUUGCGAAAACUGGGAAGAAAUGUUGUGGUUAUUAACUUGGAUCCAGCAAAUGAUCUAACAUCUUAUAAACCUGAUAUUGAUAUCAGACAAUUAGUUGUCCUUGAGGAAGUAAUGGAUCAACACAAUCUUGGUCCCAAUGGUGCGUUGUUGUACUGCAUGGAAUUUUUAGAAAAGAACAUUGAUUGGUUAUUGGAUCAAAUCAAAGGCGACAAUUAUACUAAUUUUAUAUUUGACUUACCUGGUCAGGUAGAACUGUAUUGUCAUCAUAAGAGUUUAAGCAAAAUAUUUUCUGAACUUUCCAAUAAAGGGAACAUACAAUUAUGUGUUGUGCAUUUGGUGGAUUCACACCAUUGUUCUGAUGCUGGGAAAUUUAUUGCAGCCUUGAUGUUAUCACUAAGUGCAAUGUUGAAAAUUGGAUUACCUCAUAUCAAUUUAUUGACGAAAGCAGAUUUAUUAAAAAAACAUAUAGAUAAGUUACAGUUUGGAAUAGAUUUCUAUACUGAAGUGCUUGAUUUGAAUUAUUUGCUGGAUUGCUUGGACACUGAUGUAUUUACCAGUAGAUAUAAGAAAUUAAACAGUGCUUUUGUUUCUAUAAUUGAAGAUUAUAGCUUAGUUACUUUUCAAUUGGUUAAUUUAUGUAAAGAAGAAAGUUUACUAAAUGUAAGAAAAUUGGUAGACAAAUCAAGUGGAUAUGUUUUUAAAGCUGAAGAAGGCAGACAUAUUAAUAGUAUGUUAGCUUGUGCUAUGGGUGUCAGUGAACCAGUUGAUGUUGAUGAUCUUGAAUAAAGUAUAUUUCCAAG